AUGAGUUUCCCAGUGUUCAAGGCACGAUCUGCAAUUACAUUACCACGCGCACGUUCCGUUGAAAGAGGUGAUGUAGCCACGCUUACCAGAGUGGCAUCGAUUCCUAAUUUAGAUGGCAUCCACGUUGGUGAAAGAUAUCGUUCAUCUGCAUUAUUCAAAUAUCGACGAGAUUAUGAUUUGUUGGAUGACUAUUAUCACGAUCGCAUGUUCUUUGACACUCCAUUACAUUGGCAGGACUAUAGAUUUGCAGCGCGCCGAUAUAUCAACACCGAUCCGAUUCCAAAAAGCCUUGGUUUUGAAUAUCCUGCUUUUUGGUCACGCUAUAAAUGGUAUACAGACUGGCUAAAUCCAACAUACUGGCGUCGCUAUCGUGAUCCUAAUUAUGAUCGACCACUGUGGAAUAACUGGCAACCAUGGCAUUUGGAUAGAUGCAAUGUAAAACGAGCAAUAAGUAUGUACAAAGAAGGUCUCGUUGAUUUCGGGACGUUGGAUCGAUUUUGGAUCGUACCAUCAGCGCUUUCCAGAAAGGGAAAAGAUUGGACUAAUGUGUAUUUGCCUGCUGGUCGUUAUGGUGCUCGACGCUAUUUCUAUGCAUUCGCUUAA